ACUCCAACUUCACCAGGGCUGAGCUUGAGCUCUCAAUCAAAUCCCAGAGACGAGUAGGAAGCUCUGCGGAGACAUGUAAGAUGGCAGAGCUGCAGAUGUUACUAGAGGAAGAAAUUCCAGCCGGUAAACGAGCUCUCGUAGAGAGUUACCAGAACCUCACGAGGGUCGCGGACUACUGUGAGAAUAAUUAUGUUCAGGCACAGGAUAAGAGGAAAGCCUUGGAGGAGACCAAAGCCUACACCACCCAGUCCUUGGCGAGCGUGGCCUAUCAGAUCAAUGCCUUAGCCAACAAUGUCCUGCAGUUGUUGGAUAUCCAGGCCUCGCAGCUGCGCAGGAUGGAGUCCUCCAUUAACCACAUAUCUCAGACGGUGGACAUCCAUAAAGAGAAGGUCGCCCGGAGAGAGAUUGGCAUCCUGACAACAAAUAAGAACACAUCAAGGACUCAUAAGAUCAUCGCUCCUGCCAACAUUGAGCGGCCCGUGAGGUACAUCAGGAAGCCCAUCGACUUCACAGUACUGGAUGAUGUGGGCCAUGGAGUGAAGUGGCUUAAAGCCAAGCAGCACGGCAACAAUCAGUCAGUCAGAGGAGGAACUCUGUCCAGGACCAAUCCCCCAACACAGAAACCUCCCAGCCCACCCUUGACAGGACGAGGCACUCUUGGGCGUAACAAUCCUUAUAAAACUCUCGAGCCGGUGAAACCUCCAACCGUUCCCAAUGACUACAUGACGAGUCCAGCUCGCUUGGGCAGCCAACACAGUCCAGGACGCACCGCAUCUCUCAACCAGAGACCCAGAACCCACAGUGGCAGCAGCGGGGGAAGCGGCAGUCGAGAGAACAGUGGCGGCAGCAGCAUCGGCAUUCCCAUCGCUGUGCCGACUCCCUCCAUUCCCAACUCAGUCCCAGUCGAACCCUCAUGGGCUGCUCCCCCCCCAGCCCCUCCUCCUCCACCCCCCCUCCCCGGUCAGGGUCCACCAAUGCCAGCCGCUGCUAUAGCUGUGGCUGCUGGGCCGGGUCUCGGGCCAAUCCCCAUGUCCCAGUUCGGCACGAUAUCUCGGCAGGUCUCCCGACACAACUCCAACACCUCGUCCUCCGUCUCCAUGGUUUCCGCCACGGGAACAUACCGCCGAGCCCCGUCCGUGUCUUCCCAGUUCUCCCUGCAGCAGCCGCACGUUAACGGGGGCACAAACGCAAUGUGUAUGGCCCCUCCUCCUCCACCCAUGCCCCAGCUCACCCCACAGAUCCCACUCACAGGCUUUGUGGCCAGAGUUCAGGAAAACAUUGCAGAGACCCCGACUCCUCCGCCCCCCCCUCCCCCUGAUGACAUCCCCAUGUUCGACGAGGCUCCGCCCCCUCCUCCUCCUCCUCCUCCUCCAGUGGACUAUGGAGAUGAAGAGGCAGCUGUAGUGCAGUACAGCGACCCCUAUGCAGACGGAGACCCUCAGUGGGCCCCCAAGAUCUACAUGGAGAAAGUGGUUGCCAUCUACGACUACAUCAAGGAUAAGGACGAUGAGUUGUCCUUCAUGGAAGGAGCCAUCAUCUACAUCAUCAAGAAGAAUGACGACGGCUGGUUCGAGGGAGUGAGCAGCGGCGUCACCGGUCUGUUUCCCGGGAACUACGUGGAGUCCAUCAUGCACUAUGCCGACUGAGAAUCAUAUAUACCCAAA